CCGCGCUGAAGCGCGCACUGAAGCCUGUAAUGAGCAUGCAACUUGUGUAGAUAAUCAACUAUCUUAAUUUGGGAAGCGCACGGAGUGCAGUGGAGUUAGCACGCGGACAAAGUUGGCACUUGCGUCAAAGGACCGCGCGUGCGCACGCGCGCGCUCUACUGUGCGCGCCGCUCGAACACCAGUGCCUGGCGUUCAUUCGCAGUUUAGCACCUCCGAAGAUGCGUGCGGCGGGCUGAAUGCACAUUGCUCUUGCCGCGGAGGAGGGUGGCCGGGCGGGUGGAGGUGCAGGGAGCGCAGCAAACUUGCACCAACCGCAAGUCUUGAGCGCUUGAAAGAAAGGGCCGAUCGAUACGCACCAUGGCAGCCGUACGCAGGAAAUUCGGCGAGGACUACCAGGUGGUGAACACCAACCAGAGCAUGACUUUCUGCGCGCCGGCCAAGAGGAAGCGGCAGCGUUUCGUGGAGAAGAACGGGCGCUGCAACGUGCAGCACGGCAACCUGGGCGGCGAGACGAGCCGCUACAUCUCGGACCUGUUCACCACCUUGGUGGACCUCAAGUGGCGCUGGAACCUGCUCAUCUUCAUCCUCACCUACACGGUGGCGUGGCUGGUGAUGGCUUCCAUGUGGUGGCUCAUCGCCUACAUCCGCGGCGACCUGAGCCACGGCGGCCACGACGCGUCCUACACGCCGUGCGUGGCCAACGUGUACAACUUCCCCUCCGCCUUCCUCUUCUUCAUCGAGACCGAGGCCACCAUCGGCUACGGUUACCGCUACAUCACCGAGAAGUGCCCCGAGGGGAUCAUUCUCUUUCUCUUCCAGUCACUGCUGGGCUCCAUCGUGGACGCCUUCCUCAUCGGCUGCAUGUUCAUCAAGAUGUCGCAGCCCAAGAAGCGCGCCGAGACGCUCAUGUUCAGCCAGGACGCCGUCAUCUCGCAGCGGGACGGCAAACUAUGCCUCAUGUUCAGGGUGGGCAACCUGAGGAACAGCCACAUGGUCUCUGCGCAGAUCAGGUGCAAGGUCAUCAAGUCUCGUCAGACCCCUGAAGGAGAGUUCCUGCCUCUGGACCAGUGCGAGCUGGACGUGGGCUUCGGCACGGGCGCCGACCAGCUCUUCCUGGUGUCGCCGCUCACCAUCUGCCACGAGAUCAACGCCAAGAGCCCCUUCUUCGACCUGUCGCAACGCUCGCUCAUGAGCGAGCAGUUUGAGAUUGUCGUCAUCCUGGAAGGCAUCGUGGAGACCACCGGAAUGACGUGUCAAGCGCGGACAUCUUACACGGAAGAUGAAGUCUUAUGGGGCCAUCGUUUUCUGCCAGUCAUGUCUCUGGAGGAAGGCUUCUUCAGGGUGGACUACUCUCAGUUCCACAACACCUUCGAGGUGCCCACACCUCCCUACAGCGUCAAAGAGCAAGAGGAGAAGUCGUCGCUGACGUCGCCCAACGUUCUCCCGGUGGCCCCCGCGCCCUCCUCCCCCCUGGCGGGCAAUCGAGGGGGCCGCAGAGGGAGGCUCCUCUCGGCCGACAACGUGGAGCCUGCGGAGGAGCAGGCCGCCAGGCUGCCCAGCAAACUGCAGCGCAUGAGCUCCACCAGAGACGAGCAAGCGUGGAGAGGCGCCAAAACCACCACGACGGUGCCCUUGCCCGGCGGCGGCAAGGCCUCCAGCACGGGCGACCUGCCGCUAAGCAUUCAGAGGUUGAGGUCCAGCUCCAUCCCCGCCGCUCGCCAAGGGGGGCGGCCCGAGGAGCAGGUCCAGCUCUUGUCCUUGGACGCCGGGGAGGCCGAGCCGGAGAGGCAGCACAGACCGGCGGCGUCCCUUAACACCAUCGCCGGCGGGCGUCCGGAGGACAACUUGCCCGCCAAACUGCGCAGAAUGAACGCAGACCGUUAAUUCCAAAAACUUUGAGAUCAGGCUUUCUUUUCACUUUGACCACAUUUUGUUAUAUUGCAGCCAAAUAUGAGAAAAUGGCAAGAAAGCGAAGCGUGGUGUCCACGCCGCACGGCCGAUAAAGAGCAGUUGUAAAUUUACCUGCAGCUUUUAUUUGCCGGCUACCCUCAGAGAGACCAUAAGCCAUCCAUCCGCCCCUACUGUGAGGAUGGCUCGCCAUCUGUAAGCCCCGCCCCCACCCUACUGCCCUUGAGCAUCUUCGUUUCUCUCACAGACUCUCUUCCCGGACGAAACGCUCCUUAUCUGUAAACAAAGCACGGAAAGAUUCUGCGGAAUAGGAUCGACUACAAAUCGUUUUUAUCGCUUUUUGUCAGAAAUAAAAUUUAACACAGAAUCACUGUUUCUAAAAAUAAUAAACAUGCCAACCUAGCAUUAAACUAGAAAAGUCCGAAAAAAAGUCUUGAGCUAGCCAAAUUGUUUUGUGACAUAAUGAAAGUACAAAACCAAUUCUACCUCUUCCUUCCAAUUUUUUUUUUUAAUCAAAGUUGAUCUAUAACCGUCAAUGAGUUAACUGGGUGAAGGUUCCGUUUAUUUUCUUCAUUUGAAAAAUUCACUGUGAAUUUGUUGAAACUGAAAGACAAAAACGCAAACAAAUUGCUCCUGCUUAGUUCCACUGUAAAUGUGCAGUCCUUGACUUGUAUUCCUUUUUAUUUUUUUAAACUUAUCAAAAGCCAUCGCCUCAACAAAGGAAGCCCUUUUAAUCUAUUUUACUCCAAAUGAGCCAUAAUAUAAAAAGUACAGCUUGUAUGGAUUUCUUUGAUACACUUUGGGCAGUUUGUUUGAAUUACAUUGUGACAAAAAGACCAUUUUGAAGAACAUCCUUUCCAUCUUAAAUUGAUUUAUGAAAAAUAUCAGACGGCUUGCCAUGCUUUCAGGGGAGGAAUUGUUGCAU